GCUAACCAUGGAUCAUUUAAAACUAACUGCUGACAAAUUGACUGUAGAUGAUAUAAGCGAAUUAGUUGUUAAUGAUAGUUGUGGCGCUGUUUCUAUAUUUGUUGGAACAACAAGAGAUAACUUUGAAGGAAAAAAGGUGCUACGCCUUGAAUAUGAAGCUUAUGAGCCAAUGGCCUUAAAGGCAAUGAAAAGUAUUUGUGGUGAAGCUAGGAGCAAGUGGCCAGCUGUACAUGGGAUAGCAAUUUAUCACAGGCUUGGUGCUGUACCGUGCUGUGAAGCCUCAGUGGUGAUAGCAGUUAGCAGCCCACAUAGGCGGGAUUCAUUAGAGGCUGUGAGCUAUUGCAUAGAUACACUAAAGGCUAGCGUCCCAAUUUGGAAAAAAGAGGUUUAUGCUGACAGCGAGCCGGUAUGGAAAGAGAACACUGAAUGUAAACGGAUGGCUGAUAAAAAUUUAGUUCAGAUAAAUGUGUCUAACGAAGAGAUACAAAAACGGAUUCACCAUUUUAUUGAACGAAAGAGGGCCCAAGUGAAUUUGAGUAAUAUCCAGGAUUUUAUACCGCGAAGUGAGAAUGAGACGGAAGAUAUGGAGACAUGUGCGAGAGUGAGAACGCAGUUUGUGAAACGGAACGAUUCUAAAGGUCAUUUGAAGGUUUGUCGAGUCGAAAAUGAAUGGGGACCACAAACGGUUCCCGAGCCACAAAUGGUCCAAAAAGUAGAUUCAACUUUGCCCCAUUCCAUCGCCGAGCGGGUCACCGCUAUCGAAUCCUAUCUGAACACGACACCGGUAUCGCCUGAUAUUUAUAAACGACUCAAGGAAAUGGAGGAUAAAAUCGCAUAUCUGCAAUCCAUUUCACCGGAAUACGCACAGUUUUGGAAAAAUAAUAAUUCAUCUAUAAAACAAGAACAAAUUCCCGAGUACGCAGUUAGCGCAGAAGACAUUGAUAAAAAGAUUGAAUUAUUGGAACUACAGAAUCUAAUGUAGUUCAUAUCAUCUUGGGUCAUCAUUGACGCAAAUUAUUUUUUAUUGCUUCAAUAUUAAACUACUUACAACUC